AUGAGUUGGGAGGCCACAAAAAACGAAAUCAUGAAGAAGAUGAUAGACAUUCAGGAUGCCAUCAAAAGUAGUUUAGAAUCAUCAAAUCACUCCAAAUAUUCGAAAGGCCGAACAAAAUCUCGACAUAUUAUCUAUGAUUCUAGCUCUGAUAGCUCUGAUUAUGAACCAACGACUCAUUAUAAACCAUCUUAUUCCACGAAACAUUACAUUAAUGAUUCAGAUGACUCGGAUUCGGAUAUUUCUUCUUCAAGUGAUGACUUUUAUCCUAGUUACAAAUCAAGAUUAUCUAAUGCAUCUCGUACAACAAGUAAAUAUACCACUAAUUCCAGUUUUCAUUAUUCAAGAUUCGAUAAAACUCAGCCAAAACUUUCAAAAUAUGCAACAACAAACAAAAAUACAUAUACCAAACAAUAUUAUGACGAUUCGUCUUCUUCAGACGAUUCUUCCGACUCAACAGAACAAAUUUAUCAAAAAUAUUCCGAUCUCUAUUCGAAAUCAAAACUUUUAUCACCUCAAACCCAUAAGAAAUACGAUACCGAGUCGGAUACGUACUCCGAAAAUUCAGGUUCAGAAGAAAAAAUAAAAUCAAAAGAUAAAAAGCAAACGAAACGUCCAAUACCUAAAGUUUCUCAAAAACACAAGCAUGAAGAUGAUGAUUCAAGCGACGAUGAAUACAAAAACUUAGUAAAAGUAAUUAUGUCAAAUAGAAACAAGAAAUAUACAGAAUUAUCUGAUUCUGAUGAAGAAUCCGAGCCAAAACAAACCAGGUCGAAGCUUACUUCUUUCAAGAAAGAAUCUUCAUCAGAUUCAUCUGACGAAUUUCGACCUCUUUCUCCUUGUUUGACGUCAAAGAGGGUUAUUGAAAGACUUAAGAAGUGCAGAAUCUCAGAUUCAGAUGAUACAGACUUUGAUUCAUCUUCCAGUGCCAAACAAACAAGACCAAAAACAUCAAACAUUGAUAUAAACAAAUAUCUUCAACAACUGAAUUCAUCAAAUGAUAAUAAUUCAUCAGAUGAAGAAAUAAAGAAGAAGCCACAAGUCAAAGCACCAAAGAAGUCCAAUUCCAAGCAAACAGAUGACGAAUUCGACAUGGAGAUAGAGAGUUUCGAGAAGAACAUUUCUCCAAUCGCUUACAAAUCUCCAUCUAAAAACAAUGAUUUACCAAAUGUUGGAAAAAUUCCUUUCUCUUUCACUGCUGAUGAUUCGAGUGAUAUACAAGAAUCAGUGAAACAAACAGACCAAGAUAUCGCUAAUUUAGUUGAUAUUGAUUCCAUUCAUGAUACUCCAAAGAGAGUCAAACGCAGAUCAAGUCACAAUUAUUCUCCUUCUUCACCUGUUUUGGAUUCGGAACCAUCUGAUUUUGACAACGUAAAGAAAGAAAAGAAAGAAGAAAAGAAGCCAAUUCAGGUUAAACAAAGUGUUUCUAAGUCAGUGGAUGAAGAAGAAGCAUCAGGAGAAGAUGAAAUUGACGACCAAAAUGUUGAUGAUAGUUCAGACUUAGAUUUAGGAAUUCCUCAGCCAAGAACAAAAGAAUGGGACGAAUGGCUGAAGAAACAAAUCGAAAGUAUCGAAGACAGCGAAGAAGAAGACGAAGAAGGAAUACCAUCAAAAGAAAAACUUUCUUCUCCAAUUUCAGGAAAGUCAACUUCAUCAAAGAAAUGA